AGCGGCGCGACGUGCGGACCGGAAGCGCGGGUGGGCAGGCGGUUGCCGUGGCAGCGGGCCGGGGCCGCCAUGGAGGCGCUGACCGAAAUGUACGACCAGGCGCUGCUCGGCAUCCUGCAGCAUGUCGGCAACGUGGACGACUUCCUGCGCGUCCUCUUCGGCUUCCUCUACCGCAAAACCGAUUUCUACCGCCUCCUCCUGCGGCCCGGUGACCGCCUGGGCUUCCCGCCCGGCGCCGCGCAGGCCAUGGCCCUGCAGGCGUUUAAAGUCUUUGAGCGGAUGGCCCGGCAGGAUGACGAGAAGCGGCGCCGGGAGCUGGAGGCAAAGCUCCGCAAGAAGGAGGAGGAGGAGGAAGCUGCCGCGGCUGCCGAGAGGGUGAGAGUGGCCCCGGCCGCCCAUGAGGUCGAGGUAGAGACAACGGAGGAGCCCGAACCCUCGCUGGACAUGGGGGGUGCAGCGGGGCCACAGGAUUCGCCUGCAACCCCGGCAGCAGCCAGCCCCAUGCCAGCAGAGCCCCCAGGGGCGGCUGCCCCAGCGCAGCCCCUGCCUGCCGAGCUGCCCACGAGACAGGAGCAGUUCCAGACGAACCCUGACAGCUACAACGGGGCAGUGCGGGAGAACUACGCCUGGUCCCAAGACUACAGCGACCUGGAGAUUAAAGUGCCCGUGCCCAAGCACAUUGUAAAAGGCAAACAGGUGUCUGUGGAUAUCAGCAGCAGCACAAUUCGUGUGGCGGUGCUGGAGGGGAGCAGCCCGCAUGUGCUCAUGGAGGGGAAGCUCACACACAAGAUCAACACGGAGAGUUCCCUCUGGAGCCUGGAGCCAGGGAAGUGUGUUUUGAUUAACCUGAACAAGGGGGACGAGUACUGGUGGAACGCUGUCCUGGAGGGCGAGGAGCAGAUCGACAUCGACAAGAUCAACAAGGAGCGCUCCAUGGCCACGGUGGAUGAGGAGGAGCACGCUGUGCUUGACCGUCUCACCUUUGACUACCACCAGAAGCUGCAGGGCAAGCCGCAGAGCCACGAGCUGAAGGUGCACGAGAUGCUGAAGAAGGGCUGGGACACCGAGGGCUCCCCGUUCCGUGGCCAGAAGUUCGACCCUUCCAUGUUCAACAUCUCCCCUGGCGCUGUGCAGUUUUGACCCCGGCAAAAAGUGGCCGAGCGACGAGGCAGGGAAGGGAGGACCCCGACCCCAGCGUGGGACCUGGUGCCCGCGCCCAGCAUCAGCGCGGCAUGGGAUGCGGCGUUCCAUCCUGUCACCAAGGCAACCCGGCGCUGGGACCCUUCUCCUUGCCUCGCCUCGCGCUGGCGACGGCUCCGUUGUUUUUCAGGAAUAGACGGAGCUCGCUGGGUGACAUAAUUAUUAUUUUUGGUUGUUGAGGAUAUUUCUGGUUUUUGCUUCUGCGGGUGCACGUCUCCUCCCUAUCCCAGCCCCAGGUGGCUGUGUCCUCAGCGGGUGCAUCCACACUGUGCCCUGCCCGGGGUCCCCGCCUGUCCCCAGCCCUGGGGGCAGCAGGGACGUGCACACGGCGUGGGGCUGGGGGAUGUGGCACCCUGCUGCACCCAGCCGCAAUAAAUCCUUGCUCCCAGCACAGGGAG